AGAUGUUUUAGUUCUUUACUUUCGCUUUGCCAGUUCAUUCAUAAACUGUGGUGAUUAGAAGAAACUACACGACCCGGCGGGAAGAAACAUAAACAUUAUGUACGAGAAUAUGAAGAACAAAACAAUAUUGGUAACCGGCGCCGGAGCAGGUAUUGGCAAUGAAUUGUGUCGACAACUAGCGCAGGCGGGAGCAAAUGUUAUCGCCGUUGCCCGUUCAACGGAACAACUCAAGGAAUUGCGGUCAUUUAGUCCGUCCAUCAAAACGUUACAGGUCGAUUUGAAAGAUUGGCAACAAGUACGUCAGACACUGGCCACCGUUCCCGAUCUUGAUGGUUUGGUUAACAAUGCGGCGGUGGCAAUUAUCAGGCCAUUUACGGAAUUGACGGAGCAAGAUUUUGAUAACACCUUUGAUGUCAACAUUAAGGCGGUAUUCAAUGUCACCCAGACGGUUUUGCCCAAAUUGAAGCCGAACUCGUGCAUUGUAAAUGUUUCCUCUUUGGCUGCAUCUCGAUCUUUCGAUGGACAUACGGUUUAUAGUGCAACAAAGGCUGCAGUUGAUUCGCUGACACGUUCCCUGGCCCUGGAGUUGGGACCGCGCAAGAUACGUGUAAAUUCAGUAAAUCCCACUGUGGUAUUAACCAAAAUGGGUCGAGACAACUGGAGUGAUCCAGCCAAAUCUGGCCCUCUAUUGGCUCACAUACCCCAGAAUAGAUUCUGUGAAGUUCAAGAAGUCGUAGAUGGUAUUGUCUAUUUGCUGAGUGACAAAUCUAGUUUUGUCAAUGGCCACCAUUUGAAUUUGGAGGGAGGUUAUUCGGUUUCAUAAAAAAACGA